GGCCUAUUCCUCAGCGAUGUUAAGUAAGUUGCAUGGGUAAGAUACCGUAAAGAGACACAGCGCGCACCGAGACGGAUUGCUAUAACACAUCCCCACCACCCGCGGCAACACGAGUUUCUUACCCUCCUCUUUCUUCUUCACGAGAUACUCGUCCACCGUUCUCUUCUUCUUAUUUGCGGUUGUAGGCGUACACGCUAAUUCCCAGUCAUUGGGAACGCCUAGCUCCGGUUGCCGUCUUUUUUAUUAUUAUUCGUCUUUCCCAUCUGACUGGCCCCCCUCUCUUUCGCAAGCGCUCUCCACCGCCUUUACAAAUAUUCCUUGUCACUUUUCCUCUGUCUUGGAAAAAAAAAGUGUUGCCCUAAAACUACCUCUUAUACAAUGCCCCCACAACUACUGCCGGCCUCGGCUGCCGCCUUUGCGCCGCGAGCUUCCUCCGUUAAUGUUGUCUUGGGUUCUAAGGUCGAGCCGUGGUUAACGCAGACGCUGAAGCGCAUCAACAGAGUCAAGAGGCCGCUUAACAGCAUACCCCAGCACCAAAGAUGUCUGACCGAGACACUGUCGUCGCCAAACGCCAUCUGGACUCUAACGUCGUUGAUGUUGCCCAAGGCUCCCGAGUCCGAGUUGCGCAAGGAUUCUAACCCGUUGAUAGAGGCCCUCUUCAACUACCAGCUCAUACAUAUCGAGGCUUAUAUCGUCCAUGUCGAUAUGGUUCUACGUAAUGAGGUCGCAUAUAAGUUGACACCCGACUCGAUAGAAUCUCUCAUCGUGUAUCACAAGGAAAUUUACUGUGUCAACGCCAAGGCCGAUACUUACGACUGGCCCGAGAAGGAACAGCACGCCAAAAAGUUACACGAAGACUUUGUCCAAGCGAUCAAUAAAUUCGUCUUUAGAACACAUGUUUCUGCCCUCGAGGGUCUGGAAGAGGAGGGAGCUGGAGAGUUGCUUUGUGGGAAAAGCGAAGAGGUCAAGAACAACAUCAUGGGAUUGUUGAAUAAGCCCCUGCUUCCGCCGCCGCCGAAGAUCGUUGACGUUGUCCGGCAACCGCCAUUAUUGCCAAGUUCGCCAGUGGGUGCUGGCAUUUGGUCGCAACCUACUCACUCGCCUGCAGUACCCGCUCCGGUUGACCCAUGGCGGGUGCUACCUUCAAGCCCCAGCGUCACAUCUACUUCCGUAGACUCGAACACGCCAAUAUGGGCAAACAUGGCCUUACAUGAGAUCCAAGUACCAUCGAGCAUGCCGUAUAGCCAGCCAUACACUACGGCCGAAAUGUUCUACAGCUCACCGAUGGUGACAUCUUCAAUUCCUGCGCUACCACUUCCAAGCAUGUUGGCGUCGCAAUGUGGCGUGGGUGCUGGGUACGGGGGAUUCGGCUGGGAUCGAUAUCAAGAGUAUACGACGACCAUAUGACAACCACCGUCCACCACGGGGGAUCACUACCCAGUGGUC